CCUAGAAAGAGAGAGAAAAAUGGUUUCACUGCGGUUUCCAUUCUCGUUUUCUCAACCAGCAGGCGGUCCUCGGAUUCCCCGCCACCGGCGGAGCUCUAAUGGUCAUUUCUUCGCCGCAUUUUCAGCCGCAGCAGCAGCUGCUGGAGCUGCCACUCUCGUCGGCGUCGCAGCCGUCUCUCAGAACCCGAAGCAUCCACUCAUCCAAAACGCAUUGAAUUCGUUCUUCUUCAAUCACUCUUUUCUUUCCCCGUUUGGCUCACUCUCUCUAGCUGACAGCUCUGCUGCCGUCGUCGAAACCAAGACUAGGGUUUCAUUUCCUUCCAUUCUCGGCGAUUCUCUGCGCCUCCUUGGAGUUGGGUUGAGGAAAAAAAGGAUCUUGGGGUUGAAGAACAUCGAUGUCUAUGCAUAUGGUGUUUAUGCUAAUGGGGAUGAAGUAAAAAAGUUUUUAAGUGAGAAAUAUGGAAACCUAUCUGUAUCUGAAAUUAAAGAUAGGAAGGAUUUACAUGAUGAUCUCAUGGAAGCUGACAUAGCCAUGACUAUUAGACUACAAAUUGUCUAUGGUAAAUUGAGCAUCAGGUCCGUGCGUAGUGCUUUUGAAGAGUCUGUUGGGAGCAGACUUCAGAAGUUUGAUGGAUCAAAUAACAAAGAACUACUUCAAAGGUUCACUUCACAAUUCAAAGACGAGUAUAAAAUACCGAAAGGAUCGGUAAUUGAUCUCUCUAGGGAACGGGGCUAUAUACUUCGCACAACAAUUGACGGCAAGGAGGUGGGGAGUAUUCAAAGCAAGCUCCUUUGUAAGUCAAUUUUGGACUUAUACAUUGGUGAGGAUCCGUUUGAUAGACAAGCCAAAGAAGAUGUGAAGGUCAAUGCAGCAUCCCUCCUUGAGAAAUAGAGAAGUCACAAGUGGCCAUCUAAAUUCCCCCAAAGCUUUAGUCUCCAUGUCCCCCAGCAUGUUUUCUUCUGAUCAUAUCAAAUUUCCUAGAGCUUGUUGCAGCUAUGCCUUUUAUAUACUUAAAAAGUUAAAAUCUUCCAGGCUAGACUGAUUUUUUGGAAUCUAAAAAACUUGAUGAGAAUGAUAUGAUGCUCUGGUGCAUUAUGAUGAAAGAGCAAAUGCACUACUUUGUUUACCGAGCGUGUACUAAGCCACUUGGGUUGGAUAGUUGUCUGCUCGACUCUUCUUCAAGUUCUUGGUGUGAUGCACUCCUUAGCAUGAUAUGUAGCCUCUCUAAUACUAAAUUGUUGCAGGUUGGAUCUUAACCUAGAAAACUGGCCUAUCGGGUGAGCAUACAUGUAAACUUUUUAUAUUCGGCUUAAUAUAUCUCCUUUUCUGUCAAUCUGUUUAGUCGGAGCUCCUAAUGUACGUGCCUUGUCUAAUUUUGUUCUGAGCUGUGGUGUUAUGUAGCUUUGAACACAGACAUGUCAAGAAAAGGUCAAACCUUCU